GUUGGCACAAGCUUCCAAUGAGACUGAACACCACCGCCGCUUGGACGCCCACAAGAAGACGCGAAUGUGCAAGUUCUUCCUCAUGGGUACUUGCACCCGCGGGCGUUCCUGCAACUUCGCACAUGGUGCAAGUCAGCUUCGUGAACAGCCAGACUUCAGCAAGACGCGGCUGUGUGCCAAAUAUAUGGAGUCAGGCUUCUGUCCUCUGGGCUACCGCUGCAGCUUCGCCCAUGGCCGCCACGAGCUGCGCCCUCGCCGCGGGGCGCCACCGCCACCGGCUCCCGUGCAGCCCAAACCCAUCAAGCCCACGUCAUCCCCCCAGACCUCGCAGGCCGUCCCUCAGGCCCCCCACGCCGUCCCCCAGGCCCCGCAGGCCGUCCCGCAGGCCCCGCAGGCCGUCCCGCAGGUCCUGCGCCGUGCUCCGAAGGCUCAGACCCCUCCUGCCACGCCCAAGAAGCUGGCACCCUUAAGCGUCAUGGGAUCACCGACCUCCGCCGGCUCAGCACCCACAAGCCCGACCCUCAGCAUGCCGACCAUCGAGUCCGAAGUGGAUACACCACCAAAGGGCAAGGUGAGCUUCAGCCGCCAGUCAACCUGGGAGGGUCCCCCUUCCACUUGUUUGAGCCGCCAAGUGAGCAACUCUCGCAGCUUCAUGAUCCGCUCGGCGGAGCUGGGAGCAUUGCUGGACCAAGAAUGGAAGAUGGAGGUCAAGAACACCUUCAUCAACCUUUCCGAGUCGAAGGUAGAUGCCUUUGGGGAACAUCUUCAACCUGAUAAGCGUUGGAAAGACCGUGCAUAUUAUAAGCUUCUGAAGCACCUUCCGGCUGGCAAUUUUGACAGGUGUCUUCGUCGUUGCCGGCGACUUGAUGCUCCUCAGCAAAGCCAUGAUGCAAAGCAGGUCACUCACCAAAAGCGAGCCCUACUGAUCCUGGUGACGGAUGAGGUCGCGGCGAUCAGAAGAUUCAUGCAGAUGCUCUUCAUAGAGCUUCUGAAGGUGAAGGAUGGUGAAGGGCAAAUUCCACAGAUGCAGGCCUUUCUCAUCCAGCUGGAUGCCCGGGUCAUUGCACCGCCUGGAUGCACCGCCUGGAUGUACAAGAAGCUUUGGCAUCAUCCAACUCACAGGUGGACCAUUGAUCGAGUACCUGGAUGCGCGCACAUUGCACCGGGCGGGUUUCAGAUAUGAGCAGGUCUUUACAUGUAAAACAUCGAGAACUUUCAUGCAGUGACCAUAUUUGUGUCGGUAUAUUUAUAUAGAUCCAGAGAAGGGGCACUUGGUCACCUGGUGAUGAUAGGGCGGUGUCCAGAAACAGAGCCAAAAUGGCUGGACAUGGGAUGCUGAAUCUGCGCGUUUUGGUAAACAUGCACGUAAUCUACGAGUCUUCUUUUAGCCGCGUUGGCACUGUACCAAGGAGCGCCGCUGCCGAUCCGUAGAGCGCUGAUCUUCUUUGAGAAGGGCGGGCGCUUCAUUGGGUGGGCGCUUCAUUGGCUUC